GCGAAUGAUCAUAGCUUCAAAAAAUAAACAUAACCUAAAAAAUGUUGCAUUUGCAUUCAGUAUUUGCAUUUAGUGUCACAAGUUCGUAAGUAAAAAGUAUUACUUUAAUUUUACGAAAUGUCGGAGAAAGCGAGAACCAUGAGUCACGUCAAACAUAUUCCGAAGGAUGCUCAAGUCAUUAUGUCAAUUAUGAAAGAUAUGGGAAUAACGGAUUAUGAGCCGAAGGUGAUUAAUCAGUUAUUGGAGUUUACGUACCGUUAUGUCACGUGCAUAUUAGAUGAUAGCAAGGUGUAUGCCAAUCACGCUAAGAAGAAAUUUAUCGACCUAGACGACGUUAGAUUGGCAGUUAAGAUGCAGCUUGAGCGUUCGUUUACAAAUCCACCACCUAGGGAUGUGUUACUGGAUGUGGCAAGAGCCAAGAACAAUAUUCCAUUGCCCUUCAUCAAGCCAAACAAUGGUCUUAGAUUACCACCAGACCGAUAUUGUUUGAAUGCAACAAAUUACAAACUUAAGAAUGCAACGAAGAAAGUUAUUCAGAAACCUGCGCAUUUAGUAGGGAAUAAUCAAUCUGGUGGACAAUCGAGAUUGAAAGUGGAAGGAAAUAAGACUGGUGUGUCGAUUGUUAAGAGACCUGGUACACUUACCACUGUCGCUAGAACACAAAGUAUUUCUAUACCAAAACCAGUCUUGAAGUUUUCAACAGCAACGACAAGCACCGCGACAGUCAAGACGCAAGUGACGAAGCCGAAGAUACAGAUAACUUCUGGUCAAACGUUACCGGCUGUGAAGAUGGAAACCGAUGAGUCAUUGAAGAGAAAGCGAGAAGAUGAAGACUACGAUAUGUCAUAAUAUUGAUAUCAAAUGAUUUUCCGUUUGUCAAUUUUCAGAUGUAAAUUUUUCCAAUAAUGAUGAACGUCCCUUCUUUAUUGAAACAACACGAAGAAAAGAAUGUACAAAGUCUAAACAAUAAAAUAUAAGAAAAUAA